AUGUCACGUACCGCCAUACCACGUGCAGCUUUACGUCUUAGCUCUAGAAGCUCAUUAUGCGCAUCUUCGAGGUCAAUUGAGGCACCAAGCCGCAGACUUCCUCUAUUGCGCCCAACACCACAAUGCUCUUCCCAUGCCACUCGAAGCUUUUCAGUGAGCACACAAUUACAAAAGAAGGCCGGUAAAGCGAAUAAAGCCCAUGCGCGAACCGACUCAGCCCCGCCUGUGAACAACGCGGGGCCACUCACGCCUACCGAUGAAGCCUACGAUGUCUCGGGGUUGGAAGCGCAGAUCCUCAAGGCUCUAGAGAAGCUCACACAUGACCUCAGUCAGCUGCGCAGUGGAGGAAAGAUGAACCCGGAUAUUGUGGAGAGUUUGAAGGUGCAAUUAGGCACAGCAGGACAGGGCAAAGAGAGUGUGAGACUGGGAGAUAUCGCACAAGUCGUUCCAAGAGGGAGAGUGUUGAAUGUCAUAUGUGGAGAAGAAGCCCACAUCAAGCCCAUCAGCACCGCCAUCGCCGCCUCACCACACUCGCUCACACCCCUCACGCCCGAGUCCUCCAACCCGCUCACGAUUCAAGUCCCACUCCCACCUCCGACAGGUGAAUCGCGUCGUGCGGCUGUAGAGUCGGCUAUUAAAGCCUCCGAGCGAGCUGACAAAGCGAUACAGAAAGAGCGACAGGAACAUAACAAGAAGUUGAGGAAGUUUGAGCUGAACCGCGAUGUGCUGCCGGAUGAUCUUCAAAAGGCAAAGAAGAAAAUGGAAGAGGUGGUAAAGAGAGGACACGAAGAGGUCAAGCGCAUCUGCGACGGUGCGAAGAGGGUGCUUGAAAGUCAGUAA